CGAUUCUCAGUCCUACGUCGUACUCAGUGCUUAGUGUAAAUAAGCAGUUGUAAAUUGAUUGUAUGUGAUUAAUUGAUCAUAAAAACAACGUACUGACAAUAAUAACUUCCCAGAAUUUACCGAUUCUAAUUACCUCUAUUUAAAAUGUUUGUUUAGAUUUUUUUUCAACGCUUUUACCUAAAUACCCCUGACAUUUUUUCAUGUCAAUAAAUUUCUAUAUAUAUAUAUAUUUAUAUAUAUUGAUUGAAAUAAAUAAAUUAAAAGCAUAAUAUCGCUUUUUAAAUAAAAAAUAAAUAGAGAUCAAGAUAAAAGUUUUGAAUUAUAAGUAAAUAUGGUUCUUUCUCAAUGUUUCGGUGUAAUAAAAUACACUCUUGUAUUUGUCAAUCUUAUAUUUUGGGUUCUUGGCUUGACUGCAGUGGGCUUUGGAACAUGGAUGCUUGUGGACCACACAUUCAUUUUAUCUUUGACACAAGAACAGCAUAAUUAUUAUGCAGGAUUGUACAUUAUAUUGGUAGCGGGUGCUCUAUUAUUAAUAGUAGCAUUUCUAGGAUGUUGUGGAGCUUUUCGCGAAUCUCAAUGCAUGCUCGUUGGCUUCUUCAGUUGCCUACUCGUCGUUGUCGUAACUCAGAUUGCAGCUGGAGCUUGGUUGUAUACCAAUCGUGAUCGUAUUGAACCUCUGGUUAAAACUUCUUUUAUGAGUACCGUUAAAAAUGAAUAUGGAGAAAUAGAUCACCGUACUCGUACUGUUGAUUCUAUUCAAGAAGGUCUGCAAUGUUGUGGUGCCAAUGGUCCUAGUGAUUGGGCUAGCUCAAAAUAUGGUAACUCAAAUGGUCCGUUAAGUCUCACUGUAUCUAGUCCGAAAAAUGAUUUUGUUGUUCCUGAAUCUUGCUGCAAAGUAAAAGACGAUAAGCUUUGCAACGACGCACGUAAAAUAAAAAUCGGUGGUGUUGUGCCGCCAGAAAUUUAUUCUCAAGGCUGCGUUGAUAAGCUGAGUGACGUUUUCAGCAGCCAAGGCUUCUUCGUUCUUAUAAUAAUAAUCGUACUUUGUGUCGUGGAGUUAAUUGGUCUGAUAUUUUCGCUUAUUCUCUGCUGUGCUAUCGGUUCAUCCGAUCGGUACAAAGCUUAGAAACAACAAAUGUGCAUAUGAUUUUAUAAAAAUUAUAACUAACCAUUCAUGGAUCUAUGUCUCUCCUACGUACCAUCGGUAUAAUACUCACUGUACUACAGCUGAUAGUUUUAUUUUUUUCUAUGAAAUUUUUUUUCGUUAAAAGUUAAGUUUUAAAAGUUAUUUUACUGAAAGCCACAAUUUUAUAUAUCUUUUUAAAUUAUUUUUAUGACUUCUUUAAGAGUCCUGUUCUUUAAGAGUACCUGUCUUCAAUAGAUAAGUAAACAAAAUCGAAUUUAAAAUAUUACAGUAAUUUUUUUUCGGGUGAAGGAAAAAAGGAGAGUUGAGAAUCAUCUCUGAUUAAAACUUCCGAUUGAAUCUGAUUAAAACUCAACUGGAUUUCCAUCAGAUCUAAUUGAAUUUUAUCGGAAAAUAAUUUUGAUUUUUACGAUUUCUGAUUAACUUUCAAUCGGAUUCAUUCGUAAAUUUCCGAAUAGAAUUUUCCAAUCAAUUUUAAUCGUAGUUUUUAAUCAGGGAUAUUGAAUGUGUUAAUUUUUCUACCAAAGAUUCAAAGAUUUAAAUUUUAUUAAUGAUUGAAAAGUCUCGAAAGUUAUAUUCCUCUUGAGAUAAAAUAAUAAAUAUUUAAUAAGUCAAGUUUUCGCACAAACUUGCCAAAAAAUUAACAAAAAGAGAUAUUUAAGAACAAAUAAUAAGAACAAUAAUUCUUAAAUGUGAAAUAUCACAUUAUUUGAUACAAUUUUUUUUUUUAAAUUUAUUUGUACUUCUCAUUAAUUUUAUUGAGGGUAAAAAAAGUUCAUAAAUUUACCCACUGAACUGAUAAAAAGUAUCUCUAUAAAAGAUGCAAUUUUUGAUGAAUUUUUUUCUCUUUACCAUAACUAUGUAGCUAUAAAAUCUUGACUAAUUAUUUAUGUAAGAAAAGUAUAUACAUUUAUUAUAUUAAUGUAUUAAUUAUCCAAAUAUUUUUGUAUUUAUUUCGUAUGUUAGUUGAGCUUUUGUUUUUUUA